UGGUACGCGUUAGUUUGCUGGCGUGUGUGGCUCUGAACGGAUAGAAAAAUUGUCCAGGGAAAAGUGUUUUGGCCGAGGGAAAGUCUAGUCGCGCGAGUCUGAUACUGGAUGAUUCAGUGUUUUCCGGAAAAGGGGGAAAGGUGGUGUUUACGUUGGAUUGUAUCAUUCGAAAUAAAGAUUGUUAUUGUUUUCACUGAACAGUGCUUUUAGUGGAUUGCCAAAAAAUCAACGAGUGAAGAGGUUGUAAAGUUUUUUUUUCAAUUCUGUCGUGUGGGAAAACAACUGCAUAUGAUGAAAGAAAACAAGUAUAAAUAUACGGCAAACAAUUUCAAACGAGCUGUGACUGAGGUGCGCAAGGGAAAGUCGUACCGGGAAGCUUCGAGAGGUUCCGGCGUUCCGGUUACUACGAAACGCUACGAAAAUUGCAUUAUUUCAGCUGAUAUCAAAAAUUAGAAAACCGUGUGAAACUUUAGGAGCCAGUUGAUCCUCAAAAUAUACUUAUUCGAUCCCUGCUGUUGUGCGUCACUUCGGUCCGGGUCGAGCUUAAAAACAAUCUGACUGUUGGUUGGCUCGGUUGGAAGGUACCCACCACACACAUACACACUGUGUCUAUUCUGCUGGCCGUUGCCCGGCCCGACAAACAGUGGAGCACACGAGAUCCACCAACCGGUAGGAAGGAACAAAAAUUUAAUCCUGACGAAUGAGUAACAAAAGCACCACCCCUAGAACUCUCCGGCUGCUUACUUGCUGCACUGCCGCCAACUGGUUUGCUUACUUGUUUACUCCGGACAGGAUUGCUACGGAUCAGUAGGUUGUGGAUGAAAACGAAUAAAUUUUAAACAAAAGACUGGACCCGGCUCUGGGGCGCGUUCACUGCAACCUCGUCCGCUCGCAUGAUAGUGAGUAAUAAAUUAAUGAAGAUAAAAGCAAGCGCUAGUGGGCAGUGGUAACAGGGUGGAGCGGAGAGAGAGUUCAAAUCCGGAGGACGCAUACUGGAAUCUGUUUUUUUGAUAUUUCAACCCGAGGACAGCUACACUGCCGUGUGCUGGAAAUAAUAGAAAACCCCAAGAGUGGUGUGGAAACGGAAAAUCGAAGUGAGCAGCCCCCGGGAGUGGUACAUUGGACACGAGUCCGGAAAAUGGUCAGUCGAGAAUAGAAAAAUUCACCUGAACACGAACCGGUACAGCAAAGUGCAUUCAAAAGCCUGAAUAGCGGCCGGUGGAAACGGACAGAUUAAAAAAAAUCCUCCACCUGACAGCAGCCACUACUGGUGAAAUGCAGGAAGUCGAUUAUUUCAACGAUACAUUGAGCGAGACGACCGGCGGCGGUGGUGGUGGUGGUGGGAUCGGCAGGGGUGAUCCGGACGAACGGGGAGGAAAAAGAGGAACCGAGGGGAAGCCAACCAACCGGAAUCAUUCGAGGAAAUGCAGCUACGAUUUGCUGGACCACCGCAGGUUUAACAAAUGCGAUGAAAAUGUAAAUUACACCGCAGACCCGCUGCUGGUGCUCAGCUCGCCGUCGUCUUCGGACGAGGAUAACUCCCCGACCGAAUUGAACAAUUGCAUUAAGUUUGUGGAGAAACCGACUUUGAUCAAGCGGUUCGCCAUGGGUUUUCUGCGCUCGAACGAGGAAAGUCUGCCGCUGAUGUACCAUAAAUCAUCGCCAACGUCACCGCAGAAGCAGCUGAAUGGCAUCCUGGCGGAGGAUAUUUACAGUCUGGAUCAAAUCGUAUCGAGCAAAUUUGGUGACUCGUGCAAACAGUCAUUCACCACAGAUGCAAGUUAUCACCACAGUCAGCAUCAGCGGCAGCAUCAGCAGCAGCAGCAGCAGUCUAACCUUGCACCGGCUUCACCUCUGAUGCCCCGGCAUGGACCCGAUGUCGAGUAUGAGUUCCGCCGUAAACUGCUGAUCCGAAAGACCAACAGUGCCAAUUCUAGCCCGAAACGAUUCGUGCCGAACAUUAAGCGGACGGACAGUUUGAACAGCAUUGAGGAUAAUGAUCUGGACAGCGCAUCCUGGUUCCAAGCGGGGCUACCGCGAGAGAUUUCUCUGGAGGUUCUAACGCAGCGUGCGCCCGGUGCUUUUCUGGUUCGCCGCAGCACCACGAAGCAGGGUUGCUUUGCUCUCUCGUUACGCGUUCCACCACCAGGACCAAAAGUGGUUCACUAUUUGAUACUGAAAACUGAACGGGGAUACAAAAUUAAGGGUUUCACCAAGGAGUUCUCCUCCCUGCGAGCGCUGAUAACGCACCACUCCGUGAUGCCGGAAAUGCUUCCGGUGCCGCUGUCGUUGCCCCGACCCCAAAACAUCCCCAUCAAGUGCAAACACGUCGACGACUACGACAGCUACAGUCAGUUGCACGAGUUUUCCAAACUGUUUUCUGAUUUGGAUCUAUGAUGGUAGAGCUCGCUUCUCCUGCAAUCAGCAUCCGGUUUGAUGGCUGGCGAAAAAGGUAUCCUCCUCCCAUACCUGCUCUGCCACUAUUCCGGCAAAUUGUUAUACCAGACGGAACGCAAAUUGUUUGUAGAAAUGUGUUUUGUGUAAAUAGCAUUCGUUACUUGACAAUUUAGUUAGGAUAAUGUAACGAAAUGAGUACCGGUUCAGGUGGCAGCUCUGGUUUUUAUUUUGUUAGCUUAUCCUGAUUGAUACUGAAAAAUAAGAAAAAGCGACAUCGAGAAACUUUUGUCGCUGAUGAAAAUUAAGAAAACGAGUUAAAAACCGAUAAAACUCAAAGCAACCCCUCGGAUAUAUAUAACCGUAGUCGAAACGAAACCCUAUACCUAAAAGACAGUACAGUUGUAAUCAUUGGAUAUUGUGAUAUAGAAUUAAAUGUAUAAUGUGGAAAAGGCUUCCUGUGUUUCACUACACGGAAACAGUGGAUCAGAAUGACGAGGGGCGGACCAGAUUCAGCCAAAGUUGUCGGUCCUAGAGCACCGGCCCGAUAAAGCACAACACAGUGAACAGGAUCCAUUUCCCCCCGUUCGUUUAUUGAAAUGGUGAAAUUGAAAAUAAAUGAACUUAAAAGUUAUGUCAAAUUGAAAA